GAGGAAAUAUCUCAACCGCAUCUUUUUUACUCUUCUCCUGCGACAUUCGCUUCCUCUCGCACGUCUUCCUCUCUCUGGACGCAUAGCAUACCAUGGGCGUCAAUGAGAAAAGCCCGUCCAUAGGGCAAGAAGGGCGCUCGCCUUCCUCUCACAGCGAUUCUCUCCACUCCGAUCCUCUGGCCGCAACAUGGACCGCCGAAGAAGAAACCCGCGUGCGUCGCAAACUGGACCUUCAAAUCGUGCCGAUGGUCACAGUGCUCUACUUGAUGUGCUUCCUCGACCGCUCCAACAUCGGCAAUGCCCGAAUCCAAGGCAUGUCCCGAGACCUCAAACUCGACAUCAAGUACCGCUUCAACUGGGCCCUCUCAGUCUUCUACAUCGUCUACCUCCUCGUCGAAGUACCCAGCAACAUCCUCCUCAAGAAAGUCGGACCACGAUUCUACAUCCCAGCAUUGGUGGUAGGCUUUGGCUUCGUGAGCAUGUGCACGGCAUUUGUGCAUACUUUCGAGCAGUUGUGUGUGGCCAGAGCGUUCUUGGGAUUAUUCGAAGGUGGAACCAUGCCGGGAAUCGCAUUCUUCUUGAGCAACUUCUACAAGAGAGAGGAGUUGUACUUCCGCGUGGGAAUCUUCGUCUCCGCAGCAAGCAUGGCGGGUGCAUUCGGUGGCCUCCUCGCAGCAGGACUCUCCCAAAUCCCCAAAUGGGGCGCCGCAGCAGCACCAAUCUACGAAUGGCGCAACAUCUUCUUCUUCGAAGGCAUUCUAACCAUGGCCCUCGGCGCUCUCGCCCCGCUCCUCCUCCCCCAAUCCCCCUCCACCUCCACCUUCCUCACCUCCCGCGAGAAACACAUCGCAACAACCCGCCUCCUCCUCGAAUCCCGCUCCACCGCCACCGAAAAAGUCACCCCAACCCACAUCCGCCGCGCAAUCCUCAACAUCAACAACACCAUCUGCGCCCUCGGUUUCCUCCUCAUCAACAUCACCGUGCAAGGCCUCUCCCUCUUCAUGCCCACCGUGCUCCGCGACAUGGGCUACCAAGGGAUAUCCGCGCAAUUCUACUCCGUGCCAGUCUACGUCUCCGCUUCCAUCGUCGCUAUCGGCGUGGCGUUUUUGUCGGAUAAGACCCGUCAACGGGGAAUCUACCUCGCGACUUUCACCAUCUUCCCAAUCGUCGGCUUCUCCCUGCUCCGCUGGCAAACUUCCACCUCGGUGCGGUACGCAUCCCUCUACCUCUGCGCUCUCGGCGCUUUCCCCGGUGGCCCCGGUUUCCUCUCCUGGGGGGUCAACAACUCCGCCGGACCAGCCAUACGAGCCGUAGCGAGCGGCUGGAUCGUUUCCAUCGGUACACUUGGAGGGAUUAUUGCGACGUGGAGUUAUCUGCCUACCGAUGGGCCGUUGUAUCCGGUUGGUCAGACGAUCAAUUUGGUGUCGCAAAUUCUGGUGGGGUUGCUGGCGAGUGGCGGGAUUGGGUAUUGUGUUUGGGAGAAUCGGGUGAGGAAGAGGGGGGGACGGGAUGGGCGGUUGAGUGGGCUGGGGGAGGAGGAGAGGAGGGGGUUGGGGUUUAGGGAUCCGGGGUUUAGGUAUAUUACUUGA